UGUUUGUUGGUCUGCCCGUUGUUCGUUGCGUUUGGCCUCUACCUUUUGUUGAGCUCGAACGUUCUCCUCUCCUCCCUUCUCGAUCGAGUUGACCUGACCACCGCAAAUCGCCUGACCACACGCGAAUCGCCUGACCACACGCGAAUCGUCGACGGCGCCAGGUGGAGAGGAGAAGAGAAGAGAAGAGAAGAUUGCGAUCGGAUCUCUCUCAACGGCAACCAUGGUGUCGAACCAGACCUCUGAGAACGGCGUCGAUGGGGACGACGAGAGGGAGGAGGACGACGCCGAAGAGGAAGAAGAAGAGGUUGAGGAAGAGGAAGAGGAAGAGCCCAGGCUGAAGUACCAGCGGUUGGGAGGCAGCGUGCCGUCCCUCCUCUCCAACGACGCCGCUGCCUCCAUCGCAGUUGCAGAGCGUAUGAUCGCCCUCGGCACUCAUGAUGGCACCGUUCACAUCUUGGAUUUCCAGGGAAAUCAGGUCAAAGAAUGCACUGCUCACACAGCCACCGUCAAUGACAUUAGCUUUGAUUCAGAAGGUGAAUAUGUUGGUAGCUGUUCAGAUGAUGGAACUGUAGUAAUAAAUGGCCUAUUUACUGAUGAGAAAUUAAAAUUUGAGUACCAUCGCCCCAUGAAGACGAUAGCUCUAGACCCUGAUUUUUCACGCAAACCCUCGCGGAGAUUUGUUACAGGCGGUUUGGCUGGUCAACUUUUCCUGAAUAUGAAGAAUUGGUUUGGAUACAGUAAAAAGAUUCUUCACGAUGGUGAAGGUCCAAUACAUGCUGUCCAAUGGAGAACAAACCUAAUUGCUUGGGCAAAUGAUGCAGGGGUGAAAAUUUAUGAUAUGGCAAAUAAUCAACGCAUCACUUUUAUUGAGAGGCCGAGAGGAAGUCCUCGCCCUGAGCUUUUACUUCCUCACUUGGUCUGGCAGGCUGACACCCUCUUGGUUAUUGGCUGGGGAACAUCUGUUAAAAUUGCAGCAAUUAAGACUAACCAAUCAAGUGGAGCAAAUGGGUUGCAAAGAAGUUUAUCAAUAACUAGUACAAAGUAUGUGGAUAUUGUAGCAUCUUUUCAGACUAGCUACUAUAUAUCUGGCAUCGCUCCCUUUGGUGAUAAUCUGGUUGUACUUGCUUACAUUCUGGAAGAGGAAAAUGGAGAAAAAGAUUUCAGCAGUGGUCCACCUGCCAGGCAGGGAACUGCACAGAGACCAGAGGUACGAAUUGUCUCAUGGAAAAAUGAUGAGCUAACAACGGAUGCUUUGCCUGUCCAUGGUUAUGAGCAUUAUAAAGCAAAGGAUUAUGCCCUUGCGCAUGUUCCUUUCUCAGGAAGUAGCUAUUCUGGUGGUCAGUGGGCUGCUGGUGAUGAGCCUUUAUACUACAUAGUUUCUCCCAAGGAUGUUGUAAUUGCAAGACCUAGAGAUGCCGAAGAUCAUAUUUCUUGGCUUCUUCAACAUGGUUGGCAUGAGAAAGCAUUAGCUGCAGUUGAAGCAAGGCAAGGACAAACGGAGCUUCUUGAUGAGGUGGGUUCAAGAUACCUUGACCAUUUGAUUGUUGAAAGGAAGUAUGCAGAGGCCGCAUCUUUAUGUUCUAAGAUACUUCGAGGUUCUGCUUCAGCAUGGGAAAGAUGGGUUUUCCACUUUGCUCAUCUUCGUCAGCUUCCUGUCCUAGUUCCUUACAUACCAAUUGAAAAUCCACAACUGAAUGAUACUGCUUAUGAGGUUGCGCUUGUUUCAUUAGUUGCAAAUCCAUCUUUCCACAAACUUUUAUUGACGACGGUCAAAUCAUGGCCAAGUACAUUAUAUUCCUCAACGCCUGUUAUAUCUGCAAUUGAACCACAAAUUAAUACCUCAUCUGCGACUGACUUUCUAAAGGAGGCCUUAGCUGAAUUGUAUGUCAUCAACACCCAAUAUGAAAAAGCCCUUGCAUUAUAUGCAGAUCUAAUGAAGCCUGAGAUUUUUUACUUUAUUGAAAAACACAGUCUACAUGACAUUAUACAGGACAAGGUUGCAGAACUUAUGCUGCUAGACAGUAAAAAAGCCGUGAAUCUCUUGAUCCAACAUAGGGAUUUAAUUCCUCCAUCAGAAAUUGUUGAACGACUUUUCGGAACAAGUAGAAAGUGUGAUAAGAGACACCUAGUGCAUGUAUACCUGCAUGCACUAUUUGAAAUUGAUCCACAAACUGGGAAAGAUUUUCAUGACUUACAGGUUGAGCUUUAUGCAGAAUAUGAACCAAAGAUGUUACUCCUAUUUCUUCGCAGCAGUCAGCACUAUAGACUAGAAAAGGCAUAUGAGAUUUGUAUGAAAAAAGAACUUGUCAGAGAACAAGUAUUUAUCCUUGGAAGGAUGGGAAAUGCAAAACAAGCUCUUGCUGUCAUCAUCAAUAAGUUGGAGGAUAUGGAAGAGGCUGUAGAAUUUGUGACUGUGCAGCAUGAUGACGAUCUAUGGGAAGAAUUAAUCAAGCAGUGUCUCCGAAAGCCUGAUAUGAUAGGAAUGCUAUUGGAGCACACUGUUGGCAAUCUUGAUCCUUUGUAUAUUGUCAAAAAGGUUCCAGAUGGGUUGGAGAUUCCAAGGUUGAGGGAUCGUCUUGUCAAAAUUGUAACGGAUUAUCGAACAGAAACUUCUUUAAGACAUGGAUGCAAUGAUAUCCUCAAGACCGACUGCGUCAACCUUUUGAUCAAGUACUAUAAAGAAGCUCGGCGAGCAGUUUACUUAGGUAUUGAAGAAGAAGCAGUGCGCAGGAAGAGGGAGGAUGAUGCAGCUAGCCCGAAAGCUGAUAGGGCCGCCAAUGGCGUAAAGCAUAUGGUAGUCAAGUCCAAAACUAGGGGAGGCGGGAGAUGUUGCUUAUGUUUUGAUCCAUUCUACAUUCAAAACAUAUCUGUUGUAGUUUUCUUUUGUUGCCAUGGCUACCACAUCUCUUGCCUCACGGGUGCCUCGGGCGCCAUGGUCGGGGCAAAUAACAGAUCCGAUAGCGACGACAAUGACAGUGAAAAUGAAGAUAACAAAUCGAGUGGAUCCCCCCGUAUGCGAUGUGUGUUGUGCACCACAGCUGGUCGUUGAGCCCUCUACAAGUGAGUGUUUUUUGAGCAGGUCUAUUGCCUAGCUUAGAUCGAUAUAUGCCCAAGUUGUUUUGUAUUUGCAAAACCUCCUUCCUUUGCUGCCCAAAGAAUGGAGUCUCAGCAAGCUGCAUUUGUUUAUUUAUUUAUUUAUCCAUAUCUGUAGUUGCAUGGAGAUAGAGGGUUAGUAUAUCUAGUUUUAAAUUUUAAGUUAUUCUAAUAUAUUAAAAAAUUAAAAAUGUUAAGUUUCAUUUGGUACAUAAUUAAAA